CCUCUGACGUCACGGCCCCGCCCACUCAAGUUCUGUUUGAUCGCUGCGCGCUGUUGACAGAGAGCUGCCGCGAACUCGUGCUUGGAGGCGAUUAAACGGUGUUAAGCGGCAGCGGGCUGUCGUUAUUCGGUUACCGGGGGGCUCGGUGGGUUAUCACUUUAAACAUGUUCACCUAACCCAUCCUGAGCGGCAGUAAUGCGCUCACGAGUUCGUGAGGCGGCCGAUUGUCAUUUUGACUUAGCUCGCGUUCGCUUAGCCGCCACAGGCUAAUUAAUUAACCCAUAGUGUGAGGUAAAUAUUCACUCCAAAUCAUCGGAAACGCGACAAAAACGCCACAACGCGUCCAGAACGCCGACCUACAGCGAGGACCAGUGUUGUUUCGUCGUAUUGAAUGAACGCGAGGGAUUAACGGAAGAAAGAAACUCGUACAGGUUUGGAACAACUUGAGGCAGGUGGAGCUGUGACGAUUGUGUCGAUAAGAACGUCGCACAGGAUGCAAGGAAACUGAGAACACACUCGUUCAACAUGACGUCCCCCCCGCCUUCAUCUCAGCCAUAGGAACACACACACACACACGCACACACACCCACACACACGCAGAAGAACACACACCAUCACACUACAGCCCCAGGUGUGUCAGGGUUUGUGAGGUGUGCGCUUUGAGGGAUCAUGUCUGUGGUCUUCACACCCGACGGGAUGAAGGAGGGCGACGACUCUCUGCCCAUCGAUGCUCCCGCAGGCAUCCGUGGCAAAAGCAGCCUGUCGGCGCCCGCUAAAGACACCAACGCCGACAGCACAGAUCCAGACGACAACCUCUCCCAGGAUGCACAGCGACGCUGUCAGAAUCACGGCCACACUAGGAAACGAGCCAAGUCGAAUGCAAAGCUCAAGCUGGUGAGGAGUCUUGCAGUUUGUGAAGAAUCUUCAGGACCGUUUUCAACCGACUGUCCUCCAGAAUCACAGGAAAUCAUUCAGCUUCACAUCAGCUGUCCAUCCGAUAAAGAGGAGGAGAAAUCCUCGAAAGACGAGUACGAGAAUGAGGAAAGGGAAAAGAAGGAUAAAACUCCACGCAAGAUGCUCUCGCGCGACUCCAGUCAGGAAUACACUGAUUCCACAGGGAUUGAUGUGCAUGAGUUCCUGGUGAACACACUGAAAAACAACCCCAGAGACAGAAUGAUGCUGCUCAAGCUGGAACAGGAUAUCCUGGAUUUCAUUAGUGAUGAGAAUAAUCAGUAUAAGAAGUUUCCUCAAAUGACCUCAUAUCAUCGCAUGCUGCUGCAUCGGGUCGCUGCCUACUUUGGCAUGGAUCACAACGUGGACCAAACAGGCAAAGCUGUCAUCAUCAACAAGACCAGCAACACACGCAUCCCCGAGCAGAGGUUCUCAGAGCACAUUAAAGAUGAGCGCAACAUGGACUUCCAGAAGAAGUUCAUCCUGAAGCGAGACGAUGCCAGCAUGGAUAAGGACGAUAAUCAGAUCCGAGUACCGCUGCAGGACGGCCGUCGCAGUAAGUCCAUCGAGGAGCGAGAGGAGGAGUACCAGCGCGUCAGAGAUCGCAUCUUUGCACGAGAAUCCUCACAGAAUGGAUACAUCAAUGAUAACAGACUGUCCACUGACGGCUACUCCUCGUCCUCCCAAAAGCGGAGGCAGAUUUUUAGGGGAAACAGGGAAAGCUCCAGCCGGGCGUCCAGCAGUCGCCAGAGCAGCACCGACAGCGACAUGAAGAGCCUGGAGCCGCGUCCGUGGAGCAGCACAGACUCGGACAGCUCCAACCGCACGCUCAGACCUCCGGUCACCAAAGCCAGCAGCUUCAGCGGCAUCUCCAUCCUCACGCGCGGAGACAGCCUGGGCAGCAAGGGCUCGCAGGGCAGCGCCAGGGGUUCACGUACAGGUCUUCCCACAGUCACUCCGGACGUUUGUACCCCGGCUCAUCCGCCCCAGCAGAGCCGCGGGCUCCUGCCGUGUCCCCUGAACUGCCCCUCCGGAGCCCCUCAGACCCCGAGCCAACAGGCCCCUCCGCCGCUGCUGCCGACCCCGACUCUCACACACACACACGCCCACACACACACACACACUCACACACAGCACGCCAUCAGCGCGCACAAUCACAUGCUGCCUCAGCCGGUGGCGUCUCUGCAGCCGUCUGCGCAGGCUGUGUCUUACUCAAACCCUUCGUGCCCUCAGGUCAUCCUGCCUGUUUCUCCUUCCCAGCAGUACAACAUGGGAGAUGAGUUGACUUCAGGUUUUGGGCAGAUGUCUCUGAGCCGUCAGGGCUCCAGCGAGGCACCAGAGCCACCCAGCCUAUACCAACCUCCGCCUACCGUACUAUCCCAGCAUCCUCCACCCCAGCCCAGCUACAUCAUGCCCCCGCCGCCUUCUGGAUACCAGCCUGCCGCUCCACACCCACAUCCACCUCCACCUCCGCCUCCGCCAACACAACCCAUCCUACAGACAGCUCCACCCGCGCAGGGAUACAUGCAGCCUCCACCGCAGCAGAUCCAGGUUCAGUAUUAUUCCACCGGAGGACAGUAUCCGAGUUCAGGCCAGCAGUUCCGCUCCAUCUCUCACCAGGUGUCGUACCCCGCACAGCGCUCUCAGCCGCUGCCCCCGCCGGCGCAGCCCUCCGCUCCUCUCCAGCCCAUGAUGACCAAUCAGCAGCCUGCGUACCAGAGCAUGAUGGGAGUCCAGCAGCCUCAGAGCGCCAGUAUGAUGAACACACAGCGCACAGCCAUGAAUGGACAGAUGCCGGGCAUGAUGGUCCAGUACCCACCCAUGCCCUCCUAUCAGGUGCCUGUAGCUAAUGAGAGUCAGUCUGUGGUGCAGCAGCAGUACCAGCAGCCCGUCAUGGUUCCCGCCAGUCAGUCCGUACAGGGAGCCAUGCCGACCGCGGCACCCAUGCCAGUCUACUACAGCGUACUGACGCCCACACAACAGAACAGCACAAGUCCAUCUGUGGGUUACCUGCAGCCGCCCAGUUCGGAUCAGUACCAGAUGACCCAGUCUGCCUCACCCUGCAGCCCACAGCCAAUGCAACAGCAGUAUUCAGGGGUUCCUCCUCCUGGUGCUGGUGUGAUGGUAAUGCAGCUCAGUGUCCCUAACGGACCGCAGCCGACCCAGAAUCCUCCUCUGGUGCAGUGGAACCCCUGCAAAUACUACAGCAUGGAGCAGAGACCCAGCAAGCCUGAGCAGCAGGUCAGCACUCAGCUCAGCAGUCCGCUGGCUUCUCCCACACAGUCUCCGGCUCCCUCUCCGUCUGGCAGUGUGAACACUGUGUGUCCGGGUCUCGGCCCGCUGCCUCUCAUCUCACAGUUCCCUCGGCCCGGCGGGCCAGCACAAGCAGAUGGACGCUACUCUUUACUGGGGCAGCCGCUGCAGUACAGUCUGUGUCCUCCUCCCAUCAUGCACAACCACAACCAGUCCUCCUACAGCUCCCAUCAGAGUCAGGGAGUGAUGAAGCACGGAGCGCGGGGUAAAAGACAAACGCUCAAAUCUGCCUCUACAGACCUGGGAACUACUGACGUGGUGGUGAGUCGGGUGCUGGAGGUGACCGACCUCCCCGAGGGCAUUUCUCGUCCGGAGGCCGAGAAGCUCUUCAACCAGCUCUCGCUCUGCGGCGCCAAGAUCCAGUGGCUGAAGGACCCUCAGUGUCCCCGGGGCCCCGGCGGCGGACGGGGAGACGCCAACGACCCGGCUCACCUCUACACCGUGGUGGCCGUGUUCCCCAACACAAUGGCGGCCCAGAGCGCCUCCUUCAAACUCAACAACAGCGGCGGGAGUUUGUUCAAACUGCGCGCCACCAAAAAGAACUAUGACUUGCGCGUGCUGGAGCGAGCGAGCUCGCAGUGAGUCGGGAGAGAGAGAGAGGAAGUCGAAGAUGUCAAAGGGAAGAGAUCAUCCUGGUGUUCCUUAGGGAUCUUUUUUAUUGUUUUGUAUCAUUAACAGAAGAGCACAUAUGACACAGAAGCGUGUUGCGUUGUAUGUGUACCGUAUGACGCACGCGCGCACACUCAUAGACACAAGCGGACGUCUUAAAGGGACAGUUCAGAUGAAAACAAAAUGAUUUACUCACUUUCAUGGCGUCCCAAACCUGCAUGACUUAUUUUCUUCUGUGGAACAUGCGAGCAGAUAUUUUGAAGAACGUUGGUAACACAUUUUCAGACUUAAUGAAAAUACUACGAAAGUUAAUGGGUACCAAAACACUUCAUUGCCAGCUGUUUUAUGCUUUUUGUGUGUGUGUUCUCUGCAAAAAGAAAAAAAUUCAUACAGGUGAAUUAUGACACAAUUUUCAUUUUUGUGCAAACUCUCUCUUUAAAGGGAUAGUUUUGCCCUAACAUUAAAAUUCUGUCAUCAUUUACUCACCUUCAUGUCUUUCCAAACCUGUUUGACUUUCUUUCUUCUGUGGAACAUAAAAGAAGAUAUUUUGAAGAACGUUGGGAAUGGUCUUGGUUCCCAUUGACUUCCAUUCUGUUGGAAAUACAAUGGAAGUCAAUGGGAACCAGGAAUGUUUGUUUGCCAGCAUUUUUUUAUAUCAUGCUUUUGCAAAAAAAAAAGAAAUGUUUACAGGUAUAGAACGACGUGAAUGUGAGUAAAUGGACAGAUUUUUCAUUUUUAGGCAAACUGAAGAGAUGGUUUACCCCAAAAUUAAAGUUCUGUCAUCAUUUAUUCAUGUCGUUCCGAACCUGUAAGACAUGUUUCUUCUGUGGAAUAUAGAAGAUGAUACUUUGAAGAAUGUUGGGAAUCAAACUGGUUCCCAUUGACUUGCAUUACAGUACAUGGAAAUACAAUGAAGUCAAUGGGAACCAAAAAUGUUUGUUUUUUCACAUCAUGCUGCUUUUGAAGAAAGAAAUGCAUACAUGAAUGACAUAAACGAAGACAUCAUUUUUUUGGAUGAACUAUCCCUUUAAAAGAAUAGUUCAGGCUUAAAUGAAAAUCUUGUCUUCAUUUAUUCACCUUCAUGUCGUUCCAAACCUGUUUGACGUUAUUUAAGUGGAGCACAAACUGAGAGUUUUUGAAAAUCGUUCUUUAAGAACUCUAGAAAAUAUAUCAAGCACUGAAAAAAAUAUUACAAAAAGAUCCAUAUGACCAAAAGUUGGUGAUGUUUGACAUCGUAUAGUCGAGAUGCUGUUUUCCAGCCCACGUGACUCUCAUAACGCCUUCAGAAGAAUAUAAACGCAACUCAUUUUAUGGUACUUUAAUCUCAUUUGUGGAGCUCGACAGCUUUAUGUAAAGCAAAAUAAAGCUUCUUCCAAAACAGAAGAAAUGAAGUCAAGCAGGUUUGGUGUGGAAACACUGAAAGAAUGGCUGGUUUACUCUGAACUGUGUCUUUAACGCGCCGCCGAAGCCUCGUCUCUCCACGCGCUCAUCCGUCUUCGUCUCUCUCUCUUCCUCUGGCGAGCUCUCUCUCUCUCAUCAUCUUCUCUUUCUCACGUUGUUCACUUUGGAUUUCUUCCUCUUUCACUUUCUAGCGUCUCUUGCUUUCUGUUUUGCCUUAACGCUGUUGUGGACUUCUGUAUCGCGCUGUUUAUUUUCUCUCUCUCUCUCUCUCUCUCUCUCAGAUGAAUCUUCUUUUCUCGGUUCAGUAUAUUUAUAUAAGUGAUGUAAGGAUUAUAAGAAAUAAUCUAUAUAUUCAGUGAUUCUUUUCCCGUGGAUAAGUUGAAGCUCCUUUGCUCCCCUCUCUCGCGCCUCCUCCUCGUUGUGUUUGCGUUUUUCCGUGGACAGCUGUGCAGAAAGUAUCUGAGGUAUUUAAAAGUGCACAAUGAUUGCGAAUGUCUACUGUAAAUUCCAUUUAAUCUGUUAUUUUUUGUUUGUUUUUAAAAAUAUAAAAGAUAACUCAAA